AUGAGAAAAUACGGCUGGAACAGUUUCAAGGAUUUAAUUUUCAGAAAUCCCGCAGUUGUCGACCAGGAUCCACAUGUGGAUAAUGGGGAUGAGAACCCUGAACGUGGGAACUGGACAAACAAAAGGGAGUACAUCCUCUCUACAAUCGGCUAUGCCGUUGGACUGGGAAAUAUCUGGAGAUUUCCAUAUUUGGCCUACAAGAAUGGAGGGGGUGCCUUUCUCAUCCCCUAUUUUGUGAUGUUGGUGGUGACUGGAAUCCCACUUUUCUUCCUGGAAAGUGCCUUAGGUCAAUUCUGCAGCCAAGGUCCAAUUAACACAUGGAGAGCAGUGCCUUUACUGCAGGGUGUUGGCAUUGCCAUGGUUAUGGUGACUCUAAUCGUAUCAAUUUACUAUAACGUCAUCAUCGCCUACAGCUUGUACUACAUGUUCGCCUCCUUCCAGUUUCCUCUGCCGUGGUCCAGCUGCUCCAGCAGUGUUGAUCGUAACUGCAGCGACACGCCAAUAGGUGCUGUUUUCAUCCCCUGUUCUGCUGAUUUGUCAGUCUCAUUGGUGGCCAACUGGACUGAGGAAAACAUCACUCAUCCUUCAACUGACAUGGUCUCAGUUUCAGUGCAGAGUCCAAGUGAACAGUACUGGGAUCUCGUGGCUCUGCAGAGAUCCAGUGGUCUAGAUGAAACAGGACCAGUAGUUUGGCACUUGGCCCUCUGUCUGCUGCUGAGCUCCAUACUUGUUGCUGCAGCGCUCAUCAGAGGCAUCAAGUCAUCGGGAAAAGUUGUGUAUUUCACAGCCACAUUUCCUUAUGUGGUGAUAAUAAUCCUGCUGAUCAGAGGUGUGACACUAGAGGGAGCUAGAGAUGGGAUAGAGUUCUACAUUGGUUCCCAGUCUAAUCUGACGAAACUGACUGAAGCACAGGUUUGGAAAGAUGCAGCAACUCAGACUUUCUACUCUCUCUCUAUUGGCUGGGGUGGAGUCAUGACUCUUGCUUCCUAUAGCAACUUCCACAACAACGUGUUCAAGGACUCAUUUGUAGUAACACUUACUAAUGCAGGCACCAGUGUGUUUGCAGGCUUUGCCAUAUUUUCAAUUUUGGGCCACAUGGCUCACAUCUACAAAAUGCCAGUUGGACAAGUUGUAAAGGAAGGGUUUGGCCUGGCAUUCAUUGCAUAUCCAGAUGCUUUGUCCAAGCUUCCCAUUUCCCCUCUGUGGUCCAUUUUGUUCUUCUUCAUGCUUCUGACUGUUGGUCUGGACUCUCAGUUUGCAGGAAUAGAGGUGAUAUCCACCUGCCUGUUAGAUGCUUUUCCAAACAUCUUCAAAUCCAAGCGUGCCUUAUUGACCUCAACGACAUGUGCCAUCCUCUAUCUCCUUGGUCUACCGUGUGUCACACAGGCAGGAAUAUACUGGGUAACUCUAAUCGACCAGUUUGUUGCCAGCUGGGUGCUGCUAGUUUUGGUCCUCUUGGAGAUCAUUGGUGUCUGCUACAUAUAUGGAGGGAACCGUUUCAUUAAAGACAUUGAGAUGAUGCUUGGACAUAAGAGUUUCACUUUCUGGUUAUGGUGGAGAGCAUGUUGGUUCUUCAUCAGCCCCUGCAUCAUAGUGGUGAUCCUAAUCUGGUCUGUGAUGACAUUUACACCACCCCGCUAUGGAGAAGUCCAGUUCCCAGUCUGGGGCUUGGCUCUGGGCUGGUGCAUGGUUGUAUUCAUCCUACUCUGGAUCCCUGUUGUUGCUUUGUAUAAGCUGAUGAGAACAAAGGGAAACCCAUGGGAGCGUGUGAAGUCAUUGUGUUCUCCAUCCGAGGAAUGGCAUCCCUACCUGGAUGUCCAUCGAGGACAGCGCUACUCAGAAGAACGCUGCCGCCACAGGAAGAAACACACAAACAGACCAGAAGUAAAUGUAAAUGUAAUCACUAGCUCAUGGCUCUGA